AUGAAGGAGAUGAGAAGGUCGGUGAGGGAGGACGAGGUCGAGGGCGACCCGGUGCGGUCGUCCGUGACCCCUCUGAGGUCAUCCGCGACGCCGUCGCAGCCGCGGACGCCCAGGAGGGGGGGGAAAAAAGGCUCUCUAGAGGUGAGUGACUCGGGGAGAAACCGGUUCGGCCAGGUACUCAUGAUUGAUGGCUUGGUACCGGAGAUCCCACAAAAAAAUAUCUAA